AUGGCUUCAAGAGCACUAGCCUCCACUGCCCUUCUCCUCUCCCUCUGCACCCUAUUUUUGGCUUUGGUGAGCUCCGCUGAGUAUUGCCCACCACCACCAUCACCAAACGGCAACUCACCGCCUCCACCACGACCAAAGGCCAAGUCACCACCACCACCACCAAAGGCCAAGUCACCACCGCCACCACCAAAGGUCGAGUCACCACCGCCACCACCCAAGAUCAAGUCACCACCUCCACCACCAUUACCAAAGGGCACUUGCCCUAGAGACACCUUAAAGCUGCAAGCAUGUGCAAAUGUCCUGAAUCUGUUGAAAAUUUUUGCUGGUGAAAAAGAAAAAGCAAAAUGCUGCAGCCUCAUUGAUGGUCUUGCUGAUCUUGAAGCUGCCGUUUGCCUUUGCACACGAAUCAAAGUUGAUCUCUCGGGCCUGAUUAAGUUGGACGUUCCUGUCGCUGUGCAGUUGUUGCUCAACGAAUGCGAUAGGAAGGUUGCAGAAAAUUUCAAGUGUCCACCCUCCUAA